AUGAAAUUAACCCAUCCGCAAAGACCAAACCCCAGAACCUCGACUACUGCAAAUAAUCGUGAAUCCCCCAAUGAAUCUUUCCCCACCCUCCAACUUUUUAUUCUGGCGAUAUGCCGCUUGGCGGAACCCAUCGCCCUAACCUCCAUCUUCCCUUACGCAUGGAUUAUGGUUAAGGAUUUCCAUAUGGGCGAGGAAAAAAAUGCCUCCUUAUACUCUGGAAUCCUCAUUUCCGCAUUUGCUCUGGCGGAGAGCUUGACAGGCAUUUACUGGGGUGGCCUCUCCGACAGAGUUGGUCGUAAGCCGGUCCUUCUCUUCGGCUGCGUAGGUACCAUGCUCUCCCUUCUUAUCGUCGGCUUCUCCACUAGCUUCUGGGUAGCUCUUCUUGGUAGGGUCGUGGGUGGUGUUUUAAACGGAAAUAUAGGUGUUGUCCAGACGAUGGUGGGGGAACUGGUCAAGAAGCCUGAACAUGAGCCUCGCGCCUACGCUGUCAUGCCAUUUGUCUGGUCGAUCGGAACAAUAAUCGGUCCAGCUAUUGGAGGGUUCUUCGCAAGGCCUGCCGAUUCCUUUCCGUCUGUAUUCUCUCCUACUGGGAUUUUUGGUACUUUACCUUACCUUCUCCCAAAUCUAAUCUGCUCAACUCUACAGUUGAUAAGUAUAUUUGCGGGGUAUUUUUUCCUGGACGAGACUCAUCCGGACUUGCGCCGGGGUGGUGAGGCUGCCAGACAUCCAGAUGACGGGGGUGAGCUCGGGGCAUCUCUGGCUGCAGUUGCUAUAGGAGCCUCUACCGCACAUGGUUCAGCGGAUCUGCGAGCAAAUUCUUACGGAACUUUCAACGAUGUAAAACUGCAUAAGGACGAAGAAUGGGACAUCGAGUCAGAUGGAAAGGCUUUCGAAGGUUGCGCUCAUGAUCAAGCUAAGGUCUUCACAUACCGUGUCACCAUGUUAGUCAUUGCUCUGGGGAUAUUCACGUAUCACUCCAUGACCUACGAUCAUCUGCUCCCUAUAUUCCUUCAGGAUAAAAGCACCGGGACAGCCGAUACCACGGUAAAAUCAAUAUUUAAUAUCCCGAGCGGCCUGGGCCUUUCUGUCCAGGCUGUUGGAUUUAUCAUGGCCGUCAACGGUGUGAUAGCAAUUCUAAUCCAAGCCAUAGUCUUUCCUCUCUUAGCGGAAUGGCUUGACGUAUGGAAAUUAUUCGUGCUCGUAACCGUUUUACAUCCGGUCGCGUACUUCAUAGUGCCUUUCCUCGCCUUUCUCCCGCGAAAUCUCCUUUUCACUGGAAUCUACACUUGUCUGACAAUUCGCAACUUUUUCUCUAUACUUGACUACCCAGUCCUGUUGAUCCUCAUUAAACAGACAUGUCCGUCACACUCUGUGCUUGGCAAAAUUAACGGCCUUGCCGCUUCCGCAGGCGCUGCUUGUCGGACACUAGCGCCACCGAUUGCCGGCUAUCUGUAUAGCAUUGGUUCGAAGGUUGGGUUUACUGGCCUUGCAUGGUGGGCUAGUGCGAUUGUUGCUGCUGUGGGGGCUUGCCAGUUGUAUUGUAUACAGGAGAGGAAACAUACACCUCUGGCAGUUUCGUCCACAGAUAUUUUCCUCCACCCUCGUCAUACUGCUGAAGAAGAACCCCUGGCUAAUGACGUGCAUGUUACUGUCCAUGAUCGCGUGUAG